AUGAAACAUUAUUUGAAUUUUACUCCUAGGGGAAAUAUAUUUGGUCUCAAAAACGCUAUAGAGGCCUCAAGAAAAAAUGACACAGCAAUAAUUUUAAAAGGAAUUGAUGGCGUUGUGUUAGCACUGCGAAAAAAAUCAAAAACUUUUUAUUUUAACCAAGAAGUGAAGAGAAGACGAGAGAAAUAUGAAUGUUCAACUCACAUCAUAGGAAGCACAAUUGUUCUUGUUACUAGUGGACUUGUGAAACAUUGUAACGCAAUAGUAGCAGAAGCGUCUAAAGUUUCAAAAAAUUAUAAUGAAAAAUAUAACAAAUGCAUUCCCUUGAAAACUUUAACCGAACAGCUCGCCCACAUUAUGAACAAACGAACACAUUUUUUCUUUAACCAUCCAUUCUAUAGCAAAGCCAUUCUUUUCACUUGGAAUAUUUUUGGAUCGGAACUUUACCAAAUUGAACCCUCAGGAGAAUAUUUUGGAUAUUCAGGUUGUGUAGCUGGGAAAUGGGAAAACGAAGUUAAAGAAGUUCUUUUCAACUUAAAUUUCAAAUCAACCAAAGCGGAAGAUUUUUUAGUCAUAGCUGCAGGAAUAGCGUUGAUGACACAUAAUUUGGAAAAGAAAAUAAAUCAAAAAGCAAAAAGUUCUUUGACUUUGGUCUGGAUUGGAAAGAAAACAAAUGGAGAAUUGGAAAAAUGUUGCGGUGAACAUUAUAAAACAAUUCGCGAUCUUGCUCUGACCACCCUGAAAGAGAUUGAAGAAAAUAAACUGAUAACUGCAAAUAUAUCACAAAAAUGA